AUGAGGAUGGAGAGGAAUCAUGCAACGAUGAUGACCAGAAUCCCCACUUCAGAUUCUGACAAUACGAUCAUACGAGAAAGAGAUAUAAUGGAAUCGGUCUGUAACACCUGGAAACUCUACGAUAACCCUUACUACUGCUGCUCACAGUCUCAACAUCAUCAACAACAACGCAAGUCUUUUAUUUGGGAUCUAAAUUUCACAAGGAUCUUCAUGGAAUCUGAACUAGAGAAAGUUCGAGCCGAGAUCACAAAACUGAAGGCAGAGCUGGACUAUGAGAGAAAAGCUAGGAGACGAGCAGAGCUUAUGAACAAGAGGCUGGGAAAAGUUGUGGAGGAGGAGAGAAUGGAUAGAGAAGAGGUGGAGAUGGAAUACAAGCGUCUCUUGGAAGAGAGAUCGUCUGAGAAAUCAGAGAUGGUUAGGAUGAGACAAGAGCUAGAGGAAGAGAGACAUAUGCAUAGGUUGGCAGAGGUUAUGAGGGAAGAGAGAGUUCAGAUGAAGCUGUCGGAUGCAAGGCUUUUCUUGGAGGAGAAGCUAUCUGAGUUAGAGGAAUCUAACAAAGAAGGAGACAAGGAUAGGAAACCAAAGAUGCUGGAGAGAGCGAGUAGCGCACCUGCGAGUAGGAAGAGUGAGAAUCCGCAUAUAAAGAGAGGGAUCAAAGGUUUUGUGGAGUUUCCAAGAGUGAUGAGGGCAAUAAGAUCAAAAAGUGAGAAAUGGGGUUCGAAGGUUGAGUGCCAAAAGGUUCAGCUCAAGACUCUGCUCAGACAAAAGACCACCCCAAGAUGUUCUUCUCUUCGCCCAUCUGCUUGA